CAGUGACCACGCGAUAUCGCGUCGAAGCGGAGAAAAAAAGGGAUUCGCGUGAGAGGAAUCAUUUUCUCUUCUCCUUUCGAAAACUAGGGUUUCUCGUUUUCGGAGGCGAUUUCUCGUGCGACGCCGACUGUGGGUGAUUUAGUGGUUCUAAUCGACGGCGGACUCUCUCCCCGACGAGCUGAGAUGGAUCCCGCAGAAGAGAUAAGAGAGACAAAAAGGCAAAAGGAGUACAUCGAUAUGGUAGGAUUCGUGGCUGAUUCCGAAAACGGUAUUCCGACGAGGUGUCCCUGUGGUGGCACAAUCAUUCACGAGGUUCGGGGGAAGGACGACUAUGACACUCUUCCUGGGAAGCGUUUCUUCACCUGCAAAAACUACGAGGCUGAUGGGUUACAUUAUCGUCAGCCUUGGGUGAUAGGUGUCGAGGAGCAUAUCGAACGUCUCAGUAAGCGUUUGGAGGAGGUUGAGAUGGUGAUCAAGUGGAUGCCGGAGCUCACUAAACAAAUUGAGAGACUGGAGGCAAAGGUUAAAGACCUAACUGUGCAGGUUGAUAACCUCAAUGGAGAGGUUUACAACCUCUCUGUGCAGGUGGCAGACUUGGAGAAGCUCUGCUUCGACUGAAAAAGAAAAGGUAACACUUAACUACACUGGUAGCUAGGUAGACGUAUUGAAUGGUCGAGUUUUAAAAAAUUAACUA